GGGUCCCCGGUACCGGCUCCGGACCGCCGUGUAGAGCCGAGUCCCAGGAGCUGCUACCGGAAUCCUCAGCAGAGCAGGAAAAAUGUCGGAUGCUUUCUCUUUAUCUGAUGCUUUGCCUGCCAGCAACAACCCCAACCCCUCUGCCCCACAACCCCAGGGCUGGCCCUCCUGGGGGAACCAACCUGGGGCAUUCCCAGCAUUUCCUGGCCCUCCAGGGACUUUUCCUGGAGCACCAGGAGCAUAUCCUGGAGGACCAGCAGGACCAGGACCAUAUCCAGGAGCACCAGGACCCUAUCCAGGAGCACCAGGAGCAUUCCCUGGAGCACCAGCAGGACCAGGGCCAUAUCCUGUGCCAGGACAACCACCCAGCGACCCUGGAUUUGGGGCCCCUCCUGCACAGGGGGGUCCAGCUCCACCCUUGAAAGUGCCCUUUGAGCUGCCCCUGCAGGCAGGACUUGUCCCUCGACUGCUCAUCACCAUCACAGGGACCAUCAACCCCAAACCAAACAGGUUUUCACUGGAUUUCAAGAAAGGGAAUGACAUUGCCUUCCACUUCAACCCCCGCUUCAAUGAAGACAACAGGAAAGUCAUUGUCUGCAAUUCCAUGUUCCAGAAUAUCUGGGGAAAAGAGGAGAGGACAGCUCCUAGGUUUCCAUUUGAAGCUGGAAAACCCUUCAAGCUCCAGGUCCUCUGUGAGGUGGAUCACUUCAAGGUGGCAGUCAACGAUGCUCACCUGCUGCAGUUCAACUUCCGUGAGAAGCAGCUGAAGGAGGUCACCAGGCUCUGCAUUGCUGGGGACAUCACCCUCACCAGUGUCAUGCCCACCAUGAUAUAACUGGGAUGCUCACCCCAACCUCAGUGCUGUAACACAAGUGCUUUCUUGCAUUUAUACUUUGAGGUAAAUAAAAUAAAAUAAAUCU